AUGAAAUGCACGCCUUUGUUACGCUUUACCACAGUGACAGGAUAUUUCCGCCAGGAUGACCCCGCCACUGACCCCGACGCCUUCGACUACGUGGAAUCAAACUUCGGACUCAUCGAAAAACAUUACGAUGAGCACCUCGGAGUGGAACAGACUGACAGCCAGUGGCGGCGUUUCGAUGCCCAUAUCCGACGCCUGAACGACAGCGAGACUAAGAAGCUCAAAGUCCUCUUUCUCGGACGCCACGGGGAGGGUGUCCACAACGUCGCCGAGCGCAAAUAUGGCACAAAGCAGUGGGAUGAUUACUGGUCUCUCCAAGACGGAGACGAGGACGGCAACUGGGUAGAUGCUCAUCUUACUGAGCAGGGCAGAUGUCAGGCGCAAGUUGCCCAUGCAGCUUGGGAGAAGCAGAUUGAGGCCGGUAUCCCAUCGCCCGAGUCUUACUACGUGAGCCCCCUGAACCGGUGCCUUGAAACGGCGCAUAUUACGUUCCAGGGACUUCCGAUCCCCCACACGGAUCCUUUUAAGCCGACUAUCAAAGAGCUCCUCCGUGAGACGAUGGGUCAGCAUACCUGUGACCGUCGCUCAGCGGCUUCGGAAAUCGCAGAAGAGUACCCAGAGUAUCUGUUUGGAGCGGGAUUCUCCGAGGAAGACAAGUUAUGGGAUCCUAAGGUCCGCGAGUCGAGCGAGCAUCGCAACGAUCGGCUUCGCUGUCUCUUGAACGAUAUAUUUGUCCACGAUGAGAGUACAUACAUUUCAUUAACGGCUCACUCAGGUGCUAUCACUAGCAUUCUGGAAGUUGUGGGCCAUCGCCGCUUUCCCUUGGCAACUGGUGCAGUGAUCCCUGUGCUUGUUUCGGUGGAAAAAAGGGUCUAG